CCUAAAAUUAAAAAAAUUCGUGCCGCAAAAACCCAUGCCUCGACUGUUGACGGAAUACGAAACGUUUUGCAGGUGUGACCUCCAUUUCCUGGUUAACUUUUGGUUCCGGUAUACAGUGUCAAUGUACCUGGACACAUCCUGCAAUGCCUAGACCUCUCAGCUUUAAAUUCUGCACUUCGCCUGCCUUUUCAAUUUCAAAGCACUUGCAUAAAAACAGAAGGACACUCUUCCGCGAUCCUUCUUACAUGGCCGCCUUAUCUUCCGCUACCACCACCAAAAAUGAUUCCGCUUCCGGUCAGAACGUGUUGACCCAGCAGGUCCAGCAGCCAUUACAAGUGGCAAAGCGAUUGGAGAAGUUCAGAACUACAAUUUUUACGCAAAUGAGCUCGCUUGCAAUCAAACAUGGAGCAAUAAAUCUUGGCCAGGGCUUUCCCAACUUUGAUGGCCCAGAGUUUGUUAAGGAAGCAGCUAUUCAAGCCAUUAGGGAAGGGAAGAAUCAAUAUGCUCGUGGUUAUGGGGUUCCAGAGUUCAACUCUGCAAUUGCUGAGAGAUUCAAGAAAGAUACUGGGCUUGUGGUGGACCCUGAGAAAGAAGUUACUGUUACCUCUGGAUGCACAGAAGCCAUUGCUGCAACUAUGUUAGGCUUGAUAAAUCCUGGUGACGAAGUGAUCCUAUUUGCUCCUUUUUAUGAUUCUUAUGAAGCCACACUAUCCAUGGCUGGUGCUAAAAUCAAAGCCAUUACUCUGCGGCCCCCAGAUUUUAAAGUGCCCAUCGAUGAGCUUAAGUCUGCUAUCUCAAAGAAUACUCGUGCAAUUCUUAUCAACACACCACAUAACCCUACUGGAAAGAUGUUUACAAGGGAGGAACUCAGUGCUAUUGCAUCACUUUGCAUUGAGAAUGAUGUUCUAGUUUUUACUGAUGAAGUUUAUGAUAAGUUGGCUUUUGAAAUGGAUCAUAUAUCUAUGGCUUCCCUUCCUGGAAUGUAUGAGCGGACUGUAACUUUGAAUUCCUUAGGGAAGACAUUCUCCUUAACGGGAUGGAAGAUUGGCUGGGCAAUAGCUCCUCCACAUCUGACAUGGGGAGUGCGGCAAGCACAUGCUUUUCUCACCUUUGCUACCUCCACUCCAAUGCAGUGGGCAGCUGCAGUGGCUCUUAGAGCUCCAGAUUCAUACUAUGCAGAGCUAAAGAAGGAUUAUUUGGCAAAGAAGACAAUUUUAGUGGAGGGAUUAAAGGCUGUUGGUUUUGAAGUAUUUCCAUCUAGUGGGACUUACUUUGUUGUUGUUGAUCAUACGCCUUUUGGCCAUGAAAAUGAUAUUGCAUUUUGCGAGUAUCUCAUCAAGGAAGUUGGGGUGGUAGCAAUCCCAACCAGUGUUUUUUAUUUGAACCCAGAAGAAGGGAAGAAUUUGGUCAGAUUCACUUUCUGCAAAGAUGAAGGAACUCUAAGGAGUGCAGUUGAGAGGAUGAAGGAGAAGCUGAGGAGAAAAUGAACCCAUUUAUGUGGGAUGAAAACGUUGCUGCUGUAACCUUAAACAUUUCAAUUGAAGGUGAGUAGCAUCUGUUGUGAGCACUUGAAUAUUUAGCUCAAUCUAUGAAUUUAUAAAGUUUACCUGAAUAAACAGAUUUGUUCUAACCUUGCUUAUAAAUAUUUAAAUAAUAUCUAGUUUUAUUGCCAGCCCUA